AUGAGCGCCUUCCAGAACGGCGGUGCCCCGGCACGAAUUAUCGACGAUGACUCCGACGUCGAGGAGGAGGCUCUCGCCGCAGACUACAGAGAGCAGGUCCAGUACGAGGGCAUGGAGGAAUUGGAGCAGGUCAAUUCGAUGAGCAUGGCACAGCAGACCGACGACAUCCAGUCGAGACUUGCCGCUGCUGCGCAACCGCUGGACUUUUCAGCGCCGCUCGAGGUCAAGUUCGCAAGCUACGACAACUACUGCAGCUUGUUCCACUUCAUUUUGAACUCGGACGGGCCAGUCGAUUUGGAACCACCUUCGUACUACUGGGCGUGGGAUGUUAUCGAUGAGUUCAUCUACCAAUUCAACUCUUUCUGCUCGUACCGAAACCGCGUCGCGCGUCAAGCAAAUAAUGAAGAAGAAAUCACCAUCCUCCGAGAGGCACCCAACACCUGGGGCUGCUACAGCGUCCUCAACGUCCUCUACUCUCUCAUCCAGAGAUCACAAAUCAACGAGCAGCUGGCAGCGAUGAAGCGCAAUGAGGAGCCCAUGGCUGUGGCAGGAGACUAUGGAUCAAAGUCGCUCUACCGCAUGCUGGGAUACUUCUCCAUCAUUGGUCUCUUGCGGGUCCACUGCUUGUUGGGAGAUUUCAGUCUGGCGUUGAAGACUCUCGAUGAUAUUGAGUUGAACAAGAAGGCUAUGUUCGCUCGUGUCAUGGCCGCUCACUUCACGACCUACUACUAUGUUGGAUUCUCCUACAUGAUGAUGCGCCGUUACGCAGAUGCCAUGCGCAUGUUCAGCCACAUCCUCAUCUACGUCUCCCGCACCAAGAAUUUCCAGAAGAACGCUUCGUACGAUACCAAGAAGAAUGAUCAGAUGUAUGCUCUUAUCGCCAUCUGCGUGGCCUUCCACCCCACCCGUCUCGAUGAGACUAUCCACACUGCUCUCCGUGAGAAGUACGGCGAUCAGCUCUUGAAGCUGCAACGCGGUGGUCCAGACUCUCUCCCCAUCUACGAGGAGCUGUUCCGCUCUGCCUGCCCCAAGUUCAUCUCGCCCACUCCUCCCGACUUCGACAACCCAGAGCUCAACGUCGAUCCUCUGGAGCACCACCUGUCCAUCUUCAUGGAUGAGGUCAAGACAAACAUGUGGAACCCAACGGUCAAGUCAUACCUCCGUCUGUAUACGACUAUGGACUUGACAAAGUUGGCCGGGUUCCUCGAGGUUGAGCCCGAGAAGUUGAGAGGCUGGUUGUUGGUCAACAAGCAGAGAACGAGACAGAUCAGAUGGACAGAGAAUGGACUCCUGGAUGGAGAGGUUGGUUUCUCGAAUGACCUCGACUAUGCUAUGCAAGGAGAUCUUAUCCACAUUUCAGAAGCCAAGGUUGGCCGCAAGCUGGUUGACUGGUACCUCCGCAAUCUUGCCCGCACAUACACCCCAUAG